UCCUCAUUGGUCCUUCUCUCUCCGUUCGUUUCCCUUACUCCUUCUCAUUCUUUCUUUGUGGGAGAAAAACAAGUAAGAGAGAGCGUAUGCAAUAUUUAACGCAGGUGGAAAGCCAUAAACGUGGUUAUCGAGGGUAGAAUAUUUCCUUUUGGACGGAAUAGAGAACGACAAAGAAAAGAUCCAGUGACUGCGCAGUUGAGUUAACGCGACCACGCGCGCGAAUCUUGGAAAAGGAAAGAGCUCUGUGUUACGUAGGAAAAACAGAGGAAGGAAGAGUGGUGGGCGGAAGAGGCGUGUGCUGACUGACCGACCACCACAUCAAGCUUUUCGUAGGCCCUGUUUCUUUGCACUGCAAUUAUCUAGAAAACAUAGAUACUCGCGGGUUUAGCAACGACGUGCCGCUUGUAUAACUCCUCCUUGUGUUCCUACGUUCGUGCGCUCGUGUCGCGUUCAUUGCACACGGUCAAUCGAACGCUCCUCGUAACCCGUAGCUACUACGUGUCCAAAGAUUUUCUCCUUGAUGCAAUUGAUUUGGAUGAAAAGUAGUGACAACAAAAUAUUACGAUCAUUUCGUACGCGUGUGAAAAUAACGUACCUAUGAGGACCGAGGCGAGCUACGUAAGGCAGCAAGGUUUGACGGUAGUGGAUAAUUCAGAGGUUGGUUUGCGACGUUUAUGAGCAUGCCGACGAAAGGGAAGCAACAACAUCACCUGGCCCAUCAUCAUCAUCAUCAUCAACAGCAGCAUCAUAAUCCACAUCAACAACAUCCGCUUGUAGUCAACGUUAACGUUAAUAAUCCUGGUGUUCAUCAUUUGUCCCAAGGAUACAGUACGGUGGUUGCCACGAGUACACCACGUUACAUUUCGAAUGCCGAAACGAGGCGCGUUAUCAUCCACACGUUAAUCCGUACAUCUUCAUCGAGAUUAGAACAAGGAAAGAUACGAUAAGGAGGAGUAGAAGCAACCACGGAAAGAAGGAUUUCGUGGUUUCGAUGACGAACUUUCGAAGAGAAUAAUAUAACUCUACACGACGGACGAUCGGCGAUCGUAUCGUUCGUUGUCGUCGAUAACAGAAAACGAUGACGUCAUGGUGCUCCAUCGCCGAUUGAAACGCCCGUGAAUAACGAAGGUAGUGUUGGUUAAAUAUCGAUAUAAUCUUUUUUACCCGAAGAUCGUCCUAAUACGAGCCUACACGCACGCUCUGUCUUCUUUAGUAAAAAGAACAAAAAAAAAAAAAAAAAGAAUUUUCACAAAAAGAUAUUAUCCUCGAUCUUUGGAAAA